CCCACUGCACACAGAACUACAAUUCUCACAAAGGUGAACUACAUCUCCCAUGGGGCUUCAGGCGCGCGCAGGCGACGCAGAGACAGCUUCCUGCCCUGCAGAAAAUUGAGUGCGGGAGAACCGGAAGCAUGGCUGAAAACGACACAGACAAAAUCCAGACUGAGAAACUCCUGAAAAGAAUACAAGAACUGGAAGAGGAAGUACGACAACUUAGAGAACAAGUCAACAAUAAGGGCUUAAACAUUAGAGAAAAUUCUUCUGGAACAAGAAAAGCUAAGCGUCCAUUUGAUUUUAAUGCCCAUGGUCGAAGACAUGUAGCCCUAAAGAUAGCCUAUCUAGGUUGGGGAUACCAGGGCUUUGCCAGUCAGGAAAAUACAAACAAUACUAUUGAAGAAAAACUGUUUGAGGCUUUGACCAAGACUCGACUAGUAGAAAGCAGACAAACAUCCAACUAUCAUCGAUGUGGACGAACAGACAAAGGAGUUAGUGCCUUUGGACAGGUGAUUUCUCUUGACCUCCGUUCUCAUCUCCCAAGAGGCAGGGAUUCAGAGGAUCUCAGUUUAAAUGAUGGAGUCAACUCUGCUGCUAAAGAGAUCCGUUACACCCACAUCCUCAAUCGGGUGCUCCCUCCAGACAUUCGUGUACUGGCCUGGGCUCCUGUAGAACCCAGUUUCAGUGCGAGGUUCAGUUGUCUUGAGCGGACUUACCGCUAUUUUUUCCCUUGUGCUGACUUAGAUGUUUUAGCCAUGAAUCAUGCAGCUCAGAAGUAUGUUGGUACACAUGAUUUUAGGAAUUUGUGUAAAAUGGAUGUAGCCAAUGGAGUGAUUAAUUUUCAGAGGACUAUUCUGUCUGCUCAAGUGCAGCUAGUAGGCCAGAGCUUGGGUGAAGAGAGAUGGCAUGAACCUUUCCAAUUGUGUCAGUUUGAAGUGACUGGCCAGGCAUUCCUUUAUCAUCAAGUCCGUUGUAUGAUGGCUAUCCUCUUUCUGAUUGGCCAAGGGAUGGAGAAGCCAGAUAUUAUUGAUGAGCUGCUGAAUAUAGAGAAAAAUCCCCAAAAGCCUCAAUACAGUAUGGCCGUAGAAUUUCCUCUAGUCUUGUAUGACUGUAAGUUUGACAACAUCAAGUGGAUCUAUGACCGGGAGGUUCAGGAGUUCAAUGUUACCCACUUACAACAACUCUGGGCUAAUCACGCAGUUAAAACUCACAUGUUGUAUAAUAUGCUACAAGGACUGGAAUCUGUUGCAGUACCCUGUGAGACAGGGCCAAAGGUGGAUGAAGUGACAGAAUGGAGAAACGUUAAGCCUUCUGUUAUAAAGCAAGCCAGUGCCUUUGUAGAAGGAGUGAAAAUGCGCACAUAUAAACCCCUAAUGGAUCGUCCUAGAUGCCAAGGAUUAGAAUCCCGGAUCCAGCAUUUUGUACGUAAAGGUCGCAUCGAGCACCCACAUACAUUCUGUGAGGAAGAAACAAAAACCAAAUGGGACUGUAAUGACCCACUAGAGGAAGAAAAUGCUAUUUUGGAGAAACCCUCAAAGAGAAUCUGUGUUGACAAAGAAAUUAGAAGCACCAUUUAACCAUAAAAAACUCACAGAUUUGGGCAGGGGUAGAUAGCAUAAUAGUCAUGCAAAGAGACUGUCAUGCCUGAGGCUUCAAAGUCCCAGGUUCAAUCCCCUGCACCACCAUAAUAAGCCAGAGCUGAACAGUGGUGCUCUGGUUUUAAAAAAAAAAAAAAAAAGGAAAGAAAAGAAAA